AUGUACCCCCCUAUGGCGCGCACCGAGCUCGAUGACAUCGAGGAGCUGGCCAUCUGCUCGUGUUGCCAGCGCGUCUUUAACGACGCCGAACGCACGCCCAAGCUCCUCGACUGCAAGCACCACUUUUGCCUGGCGUGUACCCGCGGCGUGCUUCGGGGCGCGCAUGAGGUGCGGUGCGCGCACUGCUCUCAGCGCACCGAGCUGCCUCUGGGCGGCGCCGAUGCGCUGCCCACGCACGUCGCCGUUCAGACGCUGGCGCGUCGCCUAAUGCCCGAGCCCGCGUGCGCUGCGCAUGCACUGCCCGUCAUGUGGUGCGCGACCUGCGGCGCCCGCGCCUGCCGCGCCUGCGACCACGCCCACCACGCGCACUCACUGCGGCCGCCACGCGAGGCGCGCGCGAACAUGCAACGCGACGCACGCCUGCUCUAUGCUGACCUGCAGCGCCUCGCUGUGCGCCAGCGAGAUUUUCUCCUGCACGCCCUGGACGCUACCACCGCGCUUAAAGUGCGUCUCGAUUGCGAGUUGGCCGCACCCGCCGUCUUACUGACAUCGUCAGAGCGCGCACUACUGAAGAUAGACGACAACUGCGGCUCUCUAGCGGGGGCUGUCGCCGAACGCGACAAGCUCCGUGCACGGCACACCGACGCGCUGCUGCAGUGCCGCUUGGACGAUCUGAUCCGCAAUGCGAAUGUGCCGCUGGACUUUGAACUGAUGCGCCAGGCGCUAGCCGGACUAAGCAUCGGCGAGUCACCUCCGUCACCGGCGACGGAACGCCAUGAUCCCGUUUUAUUCCUGGCCAACUAUUGCAUGGCACAGCUCUAUACCCGGAACUGCUUCACACAGCGCGGGCUUGACGGCGCGAUCGGUGAUGUGGCUACGACGCUGGAACUAGACGCGCUGCCGGAAAGAGUCUGCGAGACAGCGCACUCGUCGCCCGGGGGUUCUACAUUCACAAGUGGCUCCAACGAAAUGGUGGGCUCACUGCUGCGACGCAACCCCAGCGUGUAUCCUCUUUUCUAUUUUAACUUGGAGUUUAACGGAUCGCCUUUUGGGCGCAUCGUGAUAGAGGUCCGCGACGACGUAGCACCUCGCAUGGCACAAAAUUUCUCUGCUCUCUCCACUGGUGAACUUGGCAUCGGAUACUGCGGCUGCCACGUUUUCCAGUGUUGGGAAAACGAGAGCUUGAUCACUGGAGAUUUCGAGCUGAACAAUGGUCGUGGAGGGUAUUCCAUUUUCGAAGAGAACUACUUCAUGCCAGAUUAUACCAAGAUGGUAGCGGUGCGAGGCGCAGUGGGCAUGCGUCGAUCGCAGAAACGCCACGACAACCAAGGCCUGGUCGGUUCACAGUUCCGUAUUAUGCUGCGGGAGAUACGCGGCUUCACCGCCAUCUUCGCGUACGUGGUGGAGGGGUUGGAGCUCGUGGAACGCCUGAGCCGCACCGGAGACAGCACCGGCAAGCCUCAUAGCACUAUCCUAAUAGCCAACUGUGGCAAACUAAAC